CCGCGCGGGUUCCGUAGCGCGUGUGCAGGCUGACGCAGCUCGCGGGCCCUCCUCCCGCUCUGCCGCGGCGUCGGCCGAGUUUGGGGCGUUUGGGAGGGGGGCGAAGGAGCGAGAGUCGAGAGAGGGAGGCGGCGGCGGCGGCGGGGAGGCGGAGGAGCCGGAGGAGGAGGAGGAGCAGGCGCCGCCAUGGCCGCCGCUCUCACCGACAUGGCCGACCUGGAGGAGCUCUCCCGCCUGAGCCCUCUGCCCCCCGGCAGCCCCGGGUCGGCGGCGCGGGGCCGGGCUGAGCCCCCCGAGGAGGAGGAGGAGGAAGAAGAGGAGGAGGAGGCGGAGGCCGAGGCGGUGGCGGCGCUGCUGCUGAACGGCGGUGGGGGCGGCGGCGGAGUGGGGGGCGGCGAGGCGGAGACGAUGUCGGAGCCGAGCCCCGAGAGCGCCAGCCAGGCCGGGGAGGACGAGGACGAGGAGGAGGACGACGAGGAGGAGGAGGAGGAGGACGAGAGCAGCAGCGGCGGGGGCGAGGAGGAGAGCAGCGCCGAGAGCCUGGUGGGCAGCAGCAGCGGCGGGAGCAGCAGCGACGAGACGCGCUCGCUGAGCCCCGGCGCCGCCAGCAGCAGCAGCGGGGAUGGGGACGGCAAGGAGGGCCUGGAGGAGCCCAAGGGACCGCGGGGCAGCCAGGGCGGCGGCGGGGGCGGCAGCAGCAGCAGCAGCGUCGUCUCCAGCGGCGGCGACGAGGGCUACGGGACCGGGGGAGGCGGAAGCAGCGCGACCUCCGGGGGCCGGCGAGGCAGCUUGGAGAUGUCGUCGGAUGGGGAACCCCUGAGCCGCAUGGACUCGGAGGACAGCAUAAGCAGUACUAUAAUGGAUGUAGACAGCACAAUUUCCAGUGGGCGUUCAACUCCAGCAAUGAUGAAUGGACAAGGAAGCACUACUUCUUCAAGCAAAAAUAUUGCCUAUAAUUGUUGUUGGGACCAGUGCCAGGCUUGCUUCACCUCUAGUCCAGAUCUGGCAGAUCACAUCCGUUCCAUACAUGUAGAUGGUCAGCGAGGAGGGGUGUUUGUUUGCUUAUGGAAAGGCUGUAAAGUAUAUAACACUCCAUCAACCAGCCAGAGUUGGUUACAGAGGCACAUGCUGACACACAGCGGAGACAAACCUUUUAAGUGUGUCGUCGGCGGCUGCAAUGCCAGCUUUGCUUCUCAGGGAGGGCUAGCUCGCCAUGUACCCACACACUUCAGUCAGCAGAACUCCUCAAAAGUCUCUAGCCAGCCAAAGGCCAAAGAAGAAUCUCCUUCUAAAGCUGGAAUGAACAAAAGGAGGAAAUUAAAGAACAAAAGACGACGCUCGUUACCACGACCGCAUGAUUUCUUCGAUGCACAGACACUGGAUGCGAUAAGGCAUCGAGCCAUAUGCUUUAACCUCUCGGCUCACAUAGAGAGCUUAGGGAAGGGGCACAGCGUUGUUUUCCAUAGUACUGUAAUAGCUAAGAGAAAAGAGGAUUCUGGAAAGAUAAAACUUUUGCUUCAUUGGAUGCCUGAAGACAUUCUGCCUGAUGUGUGGGUGAAUGAAAGUGAACGACAUCAAUUAAAAACUAAAGUAGUUCAUUUGUCAAAGCUACCCAAAGAUACUGCCUUGCUUUUGGACCCAAACAUAUACAGAACAAUGCCGCAGAAGAGGUUGAAGAGAACUCUGAUAAGAAAAGUGUUCAAUUUGUAUUUAAGCAAACAGUGAACGACAUUUGCAAUCAACUAAAAAUUCGUCUAUCGAAUUAGGGCUGAGAAUUUCUGUUAAAGAGUGUUGCAGAAUGUCUGGUGGCUCCCCUUUCAGGAGUAGGGUUUUCUCAUGGAGUACAGUAUGUUAAUAUUUACCUAUAUAACUAAUCUGUUAACGGUUUUUGAAAAACCUCUAUUUCAAAUUAUUUGAAUAAUCCUCAUAUUUUCAUUUUAACCUAUAUAAUAAGCCUCUAUUUUUUUUUCUUUUUGAGGAAAGCAUUGGUUUGUGAGCUGUUUUUUUCUUAACAUAAGAAAAAUCGUAUUUUUUUUACAAGUAUCUUCAAACUGAAUCCUUUAUGCACCAAAGUUGGUUUUGAAAAGGAAAAUAAAAUCACUUUCUUGCUUGGUAAGCAAGAAGCCAUAUGGAUUUUUUUUUUUUUUUAACUUACAGAAAUGGAAGUAUGUGUAACUUGUUAGUAUUGUAUCAAACAAAUGUUGCAUAGAGUUAAUAGAACAUUGCUUGUAAAUAAUUCAGAUUUGUAAUAUAUUUUUAUAUUAUGAAAUGUACUGUAGAUGUUUUUCUAGAGGCAUGAAAAGUUAAAUGUAUAUAUUAUGGGUAGAAAUAAUAUUGAAGGAUAUUGUAAUUCACUAGUGCUGCCAGAGGAAUUGUUAAUAAAGCACCUUCUUUAACAAUAAAUGUCUUUUGCAGACUUAAGGGACUAUGUACUACUGUUAAUAUCUAUAAGAGCAAAACACAUUGAACAUCCUUCCAGAAAGUCUUUGAGGGAGGACCUAUUACCCAUAAUAGAAUUAUGGCACUCAUUUCUGACAGUGACCGUGAAAUCAAUUAUUUCCUUACUGUUGGAAGGACAUAUUGUAAAGUAUGUGGUUAUAUGCAGUCAAACUGCAGAAACUACUCCUGAUUGAGGAGUUUUCACUUUACUACAGUGAUAUUAAAAAAACCAGCAGUUUUUACACUAAAAUUUUUUAAAGAAAGAAUAGACGAAAAUAUAGAAUUAAUAAGCCUUUUGGUUCCAAAAUGGGAAAGGUUCCAUGAUACAUAAGUCAUUUCUCAUUUACUUUAAAAAAAUUUUUAAAAAUGAUAAAAAUUAUGGGAGGCUUUAUUCGUUAACAAUGGGGUUAAAGAGCUAUAUACAUGAAGUAAGUCAUAUAAAAUUAAAUGAAGUGCAAAUAGAAGCACUGCUUCUGUAAGACAUUCUGGAACGGUUGUUUAAUAAGGGUAUUAUUCAUACGAUCUGUAGCAAAUGUGAUUUUAUUUUUGAAAAGAAAAGCAGUGUGUUUUCUUACUAUUUUUUGUUUUCUUUUGCUUAAGCACUUCAUCAAUUGCUUUAUUCUGUAUCUACGAAGUAAUCUGCAAUCUCCUUUGUUCUUUUUAAAUUUUGAUUUGUUAUAAAAUUGCCAAAUAGUGUUUCAGAUAUAUAGUUUGUACCUGUAUUUUUAUUUUAUUGCCUCAUGUUCUUGUAAGUCAUUCUUAAUUGACCGAUGAUUGUAGACCUUGCCUGAGUAUUUUUUCUAAUAAAACAAAGCAAAUCACAUUUAGUUUCAGAAUUGUAACAAUUCAAUUUAAGUUUUAAAACGACAUCUGAAUUAUACAUCAAAUGUUUUCUUCAGGGGCACAGCAAAUAAAUUAGUUUUCCCAUUGUGUAGAAAUACUAAGAUGGUCAAAACCAAAUUUCAUGGUUAUUGAUUACCCUCUGAGUAUUCAGUCACUCAUGAUACUCUGCUGCUUAUCUGACUUUGUUCUGAUACUAUUUACACACACCAAAAAGAAUAUGAAAUUAAAAUGAAAUAGUUUUAUAACUUGUAUGUAUACAUAUAUACACACAUGCAAUUAUGAUUGGGAAAUAAGUGUGGAAAUUUUUACUUUAUAAUGUUUAUUUAGUAAUAGCUAUCCAUCUAUAUUAUUAUUCCUAUCCCUGUAUUACCUGCCCUCUGCGUCUCUUCCCCUCACCCCUAUAUAUAUAUAUAUAUAUAUAUAUAUAUAUAUAAAAUAUGCAUUGUCUUUUUAGCAGCAGGCAAAACCACAGCUCACAGGCAUACCCAUUCAUUUACUUGUGGCUGCUUUCUUCCUGUGUGACAGAGUUAGGUAGUGACACUUUAUUACCUGCAAGCACAAUAUGUUUACUAUUUGACCUUUUAAGGAAAAAUUUGUCAAUCCCUGGUUAUAGUUGAUAAAUUUUUCUAUAAAAUAAACCUAGAUUGCACAAAUUAUAUUUUAAUAUGAUAGUAUUAUCUUGGUAAUAAAGCAGCACAUUAAAUUUCAGUGAAGCUUUUUAAUAUACAUGAGAGUAUAAAUAUGGCCAGUCUAGAUACAUGCAACAAAUGGUGUUUUGUUUUUUUUUAACUUUUUUAACUUUUACAUUGGAGUUCUUAAUAGUUACUAACAUUUCCCUAUUUGUUAUUGUAUUUUGUUUUACUCAAUAGGACUAAAUGAGAUUUUGUAAAUUGGAUCAUGUUUAAAUCAUAAGGCUCAUCUUCUCUAUCUGAAAGACUCUUGGAAGUGGAAAAUAUUGUAAAAUUUAAAAUUGUUUAUUUUUCUAAUAAACUUUUUCAAAUAUAAAUCUUCCCUAAAGUGGACACACAUUACCUCUGAACUUCAGAUGAAGGAAAAUUAAGGUGGACAGUAGUUGACUCUCAAUUCGUAUUUUAAGAUCUGUUUUAUUCUCAUUGAAAGCAUUGAUAAUCAUAUCAGUAAAUCUUUGUGAAACUUCCCCUCCCUUUCACACCUUAAUAAAAUGUUUUAAAUAUGCAAGUACUCUUAAAAGGAUAGAAUUUGCCAUAGUUAUUUAAUACAUCUUUUAUUGUUUGCUGUUUGAAUUCUUUUAAAAAUAUCAUAUGGUUAGCAAAAGUAUUAGAUAUUUGAAUAAGGUAUAAAAAUGGGUAAAUAUGGUUGAAGUCUUUAAAAUAGUUGGUGGGGGGGCUUCCUAUAUGAUUACAGCUUUUUUUCUUUUCUUUUUAAAGUCUAAUACCUUUUCAUAUGUUCUCUAAAAGACAAAGAGAAAUUCUUAUUUAGGUAGAUUCUCUAUUGGAAAAACUGAUCCAUUUAUAUGUAUAGCAAGGCCAGGGGUUGUACACCUACAAGGAAAUGCUUAUAUAUAAAGCCUUUAUUAAAAAGAGUACAAUCAUAUAUGU